CUUUCACCUCGACUCUCACGCUCACGCUCUUGCCCUCUUUAUCUUGGAUGCAGUAACGAUUCUCAUCUCCACUACUCCUCGACGCCUUCACGAAUUGACGGUCGAAAUCCGCCGCAGUAUUACGACAACCCUGUCCCUGAUUCCGCCUUCGAAGAGUCUGACGCAAUUGAUUCAUUCGGAGGCUUCACGGGUAGUAAACUUUGACGAUCCAUUGGUCUACCAAGGUCAACACUCGCUCGUGCCAAGUUAAACUGGACGAGUUACUUAUAGAACAAACUUAACACAAUACCAUUCUUGGGCAAACAACCAUAAUGCCUCCCCCCGCGCACUCCCCUAAGCGGUCCCCCCAGACUGCCGCGAAGGGUAUCCAGCGCAAUCAAACCCGUCGACCCUCCGCCCAUUCCAUCGAACACGCCCUGACGGGUCGCUCUCCUAGAACCUCGAAUAAGGCUAUCACCCUUGGUUCGCUGGGCAUGGACCGGAAACGCAGGGCAUCCAUGUCGGUCUCCAGUGUAUCGUCUGUCUCUUCCAUCGAGGAGCUCAGCGAUGAAGAAGAUGAAGAUGAGGAGGAUGAUGAUGAUGAUGAUAAUGAUUCGGAGGAUGACGACGCCGACGAUGAAGAAGAACAGCCGGCUGUUCGCGGCCCGUCUUAUGGUCGUCGAGAACGGUCCCAUAAGACGGGCAUGAAGUCUGCUAAACGGACCAAGAAAAUGAAAUUCUCAGAUGACGAUGGGUACGAUGGCCAGAGAAGCAGUGAUGAAGAAGAAGACGAUGAUGAUUCGGACGAAGAGAACUCGGACGACAUCUAUGCUGCCGUCGAUUAUAUCAGUGACGGAGAAGACGAUGAGGACAACGAUGUCGAGAAGCUCGAAGAACUGUUGAUUGUAGAGUCGGAGGAUGAACAUGCCGUCGAGACCAUCUUGACCACAGCCUCUGCCGCAGACACCAACGACUGGGCCGGCCCCAAUGUCUUUGACGAUCACAUGCUCCUGUCCGCUGCGUCCUUUUUCGACGAGGAACAGCUUUACAGCGCCAUGGAGACUUUCGGCGACGAGAUGGCUUGCGAAACUGCCGUUGAAACGCCAAUGCCCCGGCGAGUACACUUUGAAGAAGAUUCGGACUCUUCAUCUGACAGCGACUCGCACACGGAUGACGAGAUUCCUGGUGACUUCCUCCAGCAGGACAGCUUGGAUCCCCAGCUGCGUCGCAUGAUUGAAAGCGACAACGAGAACUAUCCCCGCCAGCGCCGGCAGUCGGAGGAGAUGUUCGCUGAGUCUGAUUACGGCCAUUCCAACAUCUAUCACGUGGAAUCCGAUGCCGUCUCCGAGGGCUCGGAGUCGAGCGGUUAUGACACCGAUGAUGGCGAGACCACAGAUGAAGACCUCCCCCCUCCCGCGACUAUUACCCAUCCCAGAUCUAUCCUUCGUCGCGACUCGUCUGCCUCCUUAGCACCUCCGACCGAAGAGAAGACUGAGCCUAUUGGCCGUCGCCGCGGGCCUAUCAUGGGUACAUUCGUCGCAGAUCCCCACAAGCCUGUUGCUCUCGUUGAUUGCACUGGCAAGCAUCUGGUCAUCAUUCCCGCCUAUGCCUCGUCUCGUCAUGACUGGCUAGAGUCUGCUACCAACAGUGUCUGCGGUACGGCUCACAACAGUCCACGUGCCACCACCAUGCAUCUCAUCGAUGAGAGCGAUACUGAUGCUCUCGCCUCUCCCGGCCACUUGGAUAUGAGCCCGAUGCUAGCAUCCAGUGCCAAUUUGAUGAUGACAGCGCUCGGCAAUGACAUCGCGCCAGGCGGACAGGUGAUGGGGCCUCCGGAGGCAUUCUACCCGUCUCGUGACUUUGCCGUCGACAGCUCCUUUGAGGACGAUGAUGAAGAUGACCCGGAAUCAGCUUUGAAUGUCGAAGACUUCAUCGAUUUUGGGCACGGAUCAUCGGACGAUGAGAUGGACAAGGUGUUUGAAGAGGAAACGCUACUUUCACCCAUGGCAGUUCAGCCCAAGCAUGCUGGCACCGGUACACCCACCCCAAACCGGGCUGGCGAGUCUCACCAAGCCAGUAGUGCCGAGCGGUUCUUGAACCAUUUGGACCGAGGCAUCGUGACGGCCUUCCGCCGGAACCACAACCGAUACCAGGCCUUGCUGCGUCUGCCCCAGCAUCGGGAAUUUAUGCCAGCCAAUUCGCCUUCUCGCCCUGCAAGUGUGUUUAGACACGCACGAAAUGCAGACCAGCGCACUCCCACGCGGAAGCGCAAAGCUAAUGGGUACAACGGUGGGGAAGCCGUCCGACGAAAGUUGAUGGAUGCCCACCGCCGCAGUCAACUUCCUUUCUAGGGAGGUUGACUGUGCGAGCUUUCUAUGACCCUUGUCACUGAGGCCUCACGGGAAACACUUGGAUGUGUUUGCCGGUUGCCGAACUUAAAACCAAAAAUAGGAACAAUUGUACAUUGAUUCAAAAGUGUUGAUAUCUAAAGUCUGUACCUAUUUACCUGGCAAAAGCAUAGCAAGG